CGUCAUCACGUCGCGGGGCGAGGCACCGCCCGCGGAAAUUUGAAAUGGCUGGCGGGGAGCUGGCGGAUGGCUGGCUGCGGUCGGAGGCGAUGGCACCGGGGCCGGAGCGCAGAGGCCGGGCGGCCGAGGAGGAGCCGGCGCCCCUCGAGAAAGCUUUCUUCCAAGAUGAAGAUUCAUGCAGUGAUUGUAGCAAUCAGGAUAAGCCAGGUACCCGGUUACAAAGUUUUGUGCCAGAAGGAACAACUCACUUCCCAGAAGUGUUCCAAACAAGUCAUCUUUUGUUCUAUGAGCGAUUCAGAGCCUACCAAGAUUACAUUCUAGCUGACUGCAAGGCCUCUGAGGUCAGAGAGUUCACAGCUGAGUUCUUGGAGAAGGUCCUUGAGUCGUCUGGAUGGCGGGCAGUCUGGCACACUAAUGUGUUCGAGGUUCUGGUUGAGGUCAUAGAUGUGGACUAUGCGGCCUUGAAGGCGGUGGUGAGCCUCGCUGACCCAUACCUCUGUGACUCUCCAGUGAGCACUUUUACCUUGGAGUGUAUGCAAGAGCUCCUCGAGCUGAAGGAGCAUCGGCUGCCCCUGCAGGAGCUGUGGGUGGUUUUUGAUGAUUCCGGAGUAUUUGACCAGACAGCACUUGCAAUUGAGCAUGUCAGGUUUUUUUACCAAAACAUUUGGAGGAGUUGGGAUGAAGAAGAGGAGGAUGAGUACGAUUAUUUUGUCAGAUGUGUUGAACCUCGAUUGAGAUUGCAUUAUGACAUCCUUGAAAACCGAGUUCCUUCGGGACUUAUUGUUGACUACCGCAAUCUCUUGUCUCAAUGUGAAGAGAGUUACAGGAAAUUUUUAAAUCUGAGAAGCAGUUUGUCAAACUGUAGCUCUGAUUCCGAGCAGGAAAACAUCUCCAUGGUGGAAGGGUUAAAAUUGUAUUCAGAGAUCGAACAGUUGAAACAAAAGCUAAAACUCAUUGAGAAUCCUUUGUUGAGAUAUGUGUUUGGUUAUCAGAAGAAUUCUAAUAUCCAAGCAAAGGGCGUCCGUCCAAACGGUCAGAAGGUCACCCACGUGGUCGCCUCCACCAUGAUGACUGGCCUGCUGUGGUCCCUGCUCAGGGACAGGCUUUGUCAGGAGCCCAGUAAGGAAGAAAUAGAGAUUCAGUUCCAUGGUGAUCCAUUGUCUGCUAUAAAUGCCUGCUAUGAAGGUGACACUGUUAUUGUUUGUCCUGGCCAUUACGUGGUACAUGGCACAUUCUCCAUUGCUGACUCCAUUGAGUUGGAAGGAUAUGGUCUACCAGAUGAUAUUGUGAUAGAAAAGAGGGGCAAAGGAGACACUUUUGUGGAUUGUACGGGCACAGAUAUUAAAAUCUCAAGCAUAAAAUUUGUUCAGCAUGAUGCUGUGGAAGGAAUCUUAAUCAUUCACCAUGGCAAGACGACGUUGGAAAACUGUGUACUGCAGUGUGAAACUACGGGGGUCACAGUGCGGACAUCAGCAGAACUUUUAAUGAAGAAUUCAGAUUUAUAUGGUGCGAAGGGUGCUGGUAUAGAAAUAUAUCCUGGGAGUAAGUGCACCCUGAGUGACAAUGGGAUCCAUCACUGCAAGGAAGGGAUCCUUAUAAAGGACUUCUUAGAUGAGCAUUAUGACAUUCCCAAAAUAUCCAUGGUGAAUAAUGUCAUACACAAUAAUGAAGGUUAUGGUGUUGUCUUGGUGAAACCUACAAUUUUCUCUGACCUGCAAGAAAAUGUCCAAGAUGAAACUGAAGAAAAUAAUGCACUUAAAAUUCAGACCAGUGAAGAGGCCAGUGCAGCUGAAAGAGUGGAACUAGACGAGCUGAUUCAAUGUGCAACUGGUAAAAUGGAGCUUUAUGCAAGAUCUGACCUUUCUGAGCAAGUUGAAGACAAUUGUGAAAUUGUAAAUGAGCUAGUUGCAGCCUCCACACAGAAGGGCCAGAUGAAGAAGAAAAGGUUGAGUGAGCUGGGGAUCACGCAAGCUGAUGACAACUUGAUGUCACAGGAGAUGUUUGUUUCCAUUGUGGGGAACCAGUUCAAGUGGAACGGGAAAGGGAGUUUUGGCACAUUUCUUUUCUGACCACUAUGAUAUAAAUAGAUAGCAAAAUAGUGGAGUUUGCAUAUGCUGCCCCAAGAAUCACUGCUGCUGUCAUAGGUUGCUUCAUGUCUGUAUUUUAUAUUUGAUAUAUUCGAUUGGACUUGAGCGAAAUGUAGAUUUCUGUCUGCAGGUGUUGCAUAUACAAAACUCCAUCUUUAUAAGAAAGGUUAUAAAAACAUAUAAUAUGGAAAAUAUUUAGAGGUUUCUUCCUAGAAAGUCUUGCUUUCUCAAACAUGUAGUUUGCUCAUAUUAAGCCCAUUAGUUACUGUAGUGUAAAUACAUUUUAAUCUAGCACUUCAGAGACGAGGAAGAAAGACAGGGAAUGCAAGAUGAGUGCACAAAAAUGUGAUAGGUGUUAAAUGUACAGAGUUCUUACAGUUGUCUUUUUAUCCCAAUUACAGUGAGUCUGAUUUCCGUGUUGUAUUUGCAUAAUACCUGUCUUAAAAUAAAAGCUUUUGUGCUUGGGAGGUUAUCUGCCUAAUCAGACUUCCUGAGAAUCUGAGUGGGAUGCAUUUUUAUGCUGAACUGUGUAAUCAUCAAAACAGUGAUGGAUAGCAUCGCAGGUGUGAAACAGAAGUGAGGUGUGUAUUCAGAGCCAGUGUGCACGCAGAGCACUUUCACUGUUGCUGAAUACGAAUGAUUAAAAAGAGGGGGCUUUCCUUUUGCCAUAACAGUAUUCUGAUCAAAUUUCUUACACAGUCAAAAUGAUUACCUAUAUAACUUAUAUCAGCUCUGUGUUCUUGAUAUCAUAUUGUAAAGCACAGCUUUUAAAAAUAUUUAUAUUAAAAAAGUAUGUGAUAUUAAUAUGCCUACUGAUUAAAAUUAUAGUGAUGAAAUAAUAAAUUGAAUCUUGUAUUUUUCCAAAUA